AAGUUUAAAUUUAGCUUAUAAAAGGUUAAUAAAUAAGUUUAAGCUUCAAUGUUAAGAAGCAAAAACCCAUAAGCAAUAGCAAAAGGCUGUCUGCAGUAUCGCUGACAUGAGUUGAAAUUGGAAGAGAGAGAGAGAAGUAUUAUUAGAAUAACUACCGUGGAAUUUUACGGCUACAGAAAGUUUUAGGGCGAUUUAAGAAUAAAUAAAUAAUAUACUGAGCUUGAAUUAAUUCAUGUGUUUUUAUUAUAUGUAAGUCGGUUCGCUUAUCAUGCCGGCAGAGCGCUACCUACUUACCGCAGCGCCAUCGAUAGGAAAGCAGAAAAAACUGCUUUUGGAGGUUUUGUUAUCAUUCUUAUUAUUUUUUUAAUUUAAAAGUCAAAAAUUUUAAAGUCGUAAUAUUCACAAAGGCUUGCACUGAAUAUUCACAACCAAGUAACUUGAAAACAAAGGUAUUCUAAUUGAGUCAAUUGUCGAGUUCGCCAAAAAAUAAGGUAGCUGUUUUCGGAAGGUGCGACCUUUUGUAUUCUCUACAUCGUGGGUUGUUUAUGAUGCAAUUUCAACGUUUACCGGCGUUCGCGUUGAAAACAUCCAACCAGGCGGGAUGGUUUGUGUGCACAAGUAGUAGUAGAGCGAAAUCAUUUCGUAAAAUGUAUCAGGAGGUUUUCACGCCGAAUCUUGUAAACAAACCUCCAUAUGAACAUUUCGUUCAAGUUGGGGAUCCAAUCUUGCGCACAAAGGCAGCAGAAGUGCCCGAGGAACUCAUCAACAGUAAAGAAGUUAAUCUCAUUGCCGAAAAGAUGGUCAAGGUGUUACGAAAGUUCGAUUGCGUUGGCGUUGCAGCACCUCAGAUCGGAAUAUCGUUGCGUAUCAUUAUAAUGGAGUUUCGCGAAGGGCUCAAAGAUCACUUUUCAAAAUCUAUUUACGAAGCAAGAAAGAUGUGUACGCUUCCAUUAACAGUUUUAAUAAAUCCCGUUUUGAGCGUAACUAACUAUGAAAAGCACAAACACCAUGAAGGUUGUAUGAGUGUUCGCGGUUUUUCCGCCGAAGUGGAACGCUAUGAUUCCAUUUUAAUAAAGGGGAAAACCCUAGAAGGAGUAGAAAAAGAAAUGCAAUUAAGUGGUUGGAAUGCAAGGAUUGCGCAACAUGAGAUGGACCAUUUAGACGGCAAGUUGUACAUCGACCACAUGGAUCGUGCAACAUUUACAUGCACUUGUUGGGAAACUGUCAAUACCAAAGGCGGCCGUGUAGAAAUACCAUUUUAUAAAUAGCAAAUUUAAGUUAUUUUUUUUCUCUAGUCUUCGCUCUAAAGUGAAAAGAUUUUUCUAAAAUCUAUAAUAAAAAUGUUAAUUAAAUUUAUAAAUAUACAUAUGUACAUACUUAAAUUUUCUAUAAUUAAAAUAAUCACAGUUAUAUUACUUCAACCUUCGCA